CGCCGCCGCUUUCUACAGCGGUGACCUUCAACCCACUUCUUCUUGCCCCGUUGUGAGGAAUAAAAGUGGCAUCGAGACCGUAGUGGCCCUGUGAUGACCUUACAGUAAGCGCACGGCUUACUGCUCAGCAAGCAGAAGAGCAAUGGCCGUUUCUGCCCAGAGCUCCCAGUCCCGGCGUUUCCUACUCCUCCCCCUCAUACCCACUGCGCAGGCGCAGCGUCGGCCGUCGCCGUGGUAACGGCCCUCCACUUCCGGGAGGGGGACGGCGCGCGGCGAGGGCCACGCCAGCAGGAAUUUCCAAGUUCGGCCUUGGGCGGGCGUUCUCUGAGGCCGGCCCUGCCGUCUCGCGGUGCCGCCCGCCUCUGCGUCCCCGUGGCCACCCCCGGGGUAGCUCUCGAGGCCUCUCAGCCCGUCAGGCCCGGGCCGCGCCGCCAUGGACUUCUCCAGGUUCCUGGCGGACGACUUCGACGUGAAGGACUGGAUCAACGCGGCCUUCAGGGCCGGGCCCAAGGAGGCGGCCGCGGGGACGGCGGACGGCCACGCGGCCACGCUGGUCAUGAAGCUGCAGCUGUUCAUCCAGGAGGUGAACCACGCCGUGGAAGAAACGAGUCACCAGGCCCUUCAGAGCAUGCCCAAAGUGCUCCGUGAUGUCGAAGCCCUGAAACAGGAGGCGUCAUUCCUGAAAGAACAAAUGAUUCUUGUCAAGGAGGACAUUAAGAAAUUUGAGCAGGAUACGUCACAGUCAAUGCAGGAUACAGCUGUGAUUUCUGCCAAGCUCAUUGGUAUGCAGAACAGCUUGAUGAUACUUGUGGAUACCCCAGACUACUCCGAAAAGUGUGUGCACUUGGAGGCGUUGAAGAACAGGCUGGAGGCCCUGGCCAGCCCCCAGAUUGUGACAGCAUUCAACUCCCAGUCUGUCGAUCAGUCCAAAGCAUUCGUGAAGAUCUUCAGUGAAAUUGACCGGAUGCCUCAGCUCCUGGCCUACUACUACAAGUGCCACAAGGCACCCCUUCUCGCAACCUGGCAGGAACUGUGUCAGAGCGACCUUCCACUGGACCGGCAGCUCACCGGCCUGUACGACGCCCUGCUUGGUGCCUGGCACACGCAGAUCCAGUGGGCCUCACAGGUUUUCAAAAAUCCCCACGAGGUGGUGACGGUGCUGCUGAUUCAGACCCUGGGGGCCCUGGUGCCCUCCUUGCCCGGGUGCCUCAGCGCCGGGGUGGAGCGGGCGGGGCCCGAGCUGGAGCUCAGCAAGCUGCUGGAGUUCUACGAUACUACCGCCCACUUCGCCAAGGCACUGGAGAUGGCUCUUCUUCCCCACCCACAUGAGUACAACCUGGUGAAAGUGGUGGAGCUGGUGGAUGCGGUGUAUGGGCCUUACAAACCCUACCAGCUGAAGUAUGGCAGCCUAGAAGAGAGCAACCUCCUCAUCCAGAUCAGCGCUGUGCCACUGGAGCACGGGGAAGUCAUUGACUGUGUGCAGGAGCUGAGCCACUCCGUGAACAAGCUCUUCAGCCUGGCAUCUGCAGCUGUCGACCGAUGUGCCCAGUUCACCAAUGGCCUGGGAACCUGUGGCCUGCUGACAGCCCUGAAAUCCCUCUUUGCCAAGUAUGUGUCAGAUUUCACCAAUGCACUCCAGUCCAUCCGGAAGAAGUGCAAACUGGAUGACAUCCCUCCCAGCUCCCUGUUCCAGGAAGACUGGACGGCGUUUCAGAAUUCCAUCAGGAUAAUAGCCACCUGUGGAGAGCUCUUGCGGCAGUGUGGGGACUUUGAGCAGCAGCUAGCAAACAGGAUUUUGGCCACUGCUGGGAAGUAUCUGUGCGACUCCUACAGCCCUCGGAGCCUGGCUGGCCUUCAGGAGGGCGUCCUCGCAGACAAGAAGAGCUCGGCCCGGAACCCAUGGCAGGAGUACAAUUACCUGCAGAAAGACAGCCCGACCGAGUACGCCAGCUUGAUGGAGAUGCUUUAUAACCUCAAGGAGAAAGGCUGCAGCAAUCACACCCUGCUGGCCUCAUCCCGGGCAGCCCUGACCCGGCUCAACCAGCAAGCCCACCAGCUGGCCUUCGAUUCCGUCUUCCUGCGCAUCAAACAGCAGCUGCUGCUCGUUUCCAAGAUGGACAGCUGGAACACAGCUGGCAUUGGAGAAACGCUGACGGAUGAGCUGCCCGCCUUCAGCCUCACCCCGCUGGAGUACAUCAGCAACAUUGGGCAGUAUAUCAUGUCCCUGCCCCUGAAUCUCGAGCCCUUCGUCACCCAAGAGGACUCUGCCUUGGAGCUGGCCUUGCACGCCGGGAAACUCCCCUUUCCUCCUGAGCAAGGAGACGAGCUGCCUGAGCUGGACAACAUGGCCGACAACUGGCUGGGCUCCAUCGCCAGAGCCACAAUGCAGACCUACUGCGACGUGGUCCUCCAGAUCCCAGAGCUGACCCCACACGCCACCAAGCAGCUGGCCACUGACAUCGACUAUCUGAUCAACGUGAUGGACGCCCUGGGCCUGCAGCCCUCCCGCACCCUGCAGAACAUCGGGACCCUCCUGAAGGCCAAGCCCGAGGACUACAGGCAGGCCAGCAAAGGUCUGCCGCGCCGCCUGGCCACCACGGUGGCUGCCAUGAGGGGUGUGAAUUUCUGACCCCCCUGGAGAAGCGGUCAGGGCCGAUGUCUGCAGCCACAGCCAAUCAGACGGACCGGGGCCGACACGUGCUGGCGGUGGGGUAGGGCUUGCUCUUAAGUGACCUGGUUCUUUCGUAUAAUGAAGGAAAGGUGGUAAGCUGGGCACAGCGAGCCACCGGAUUGCAGGAGUGGGAUUAGCCAGCACCUCUGGCACGGGGCAGGAGUUCAGGCAGCCUGGGCUACACAGGGAGACCCUGUCUCAGACAAAACAAGUUUAUAAAUGAGAAGGGUAUUAUUUAUUAGAACUUUUCAGAUGAUUUUUUUAAAUAAAUGAUCUUAAACAUGAAUUAACACUGAAAUGAAAGCG